GAAUAAUUGCUUAGUGUGUGGAGUAUUUUUCAGUGUGGGGAGUACUAAUUUAGAGUGGCGAGUUUUUGUUCAAUUUUGUUUUUGUUUUUGAGCUAACGGAAAAUUAAGUAUACGUAUACAGGACCUUCGAUGACAAACGCUGCAAAUACACACUAAUAAAUAAACCCACUCACUCGGACUUUACAGAAACCAAAAACGCCAAGUAACUAAAAAAUUAUGCACAUACUUGCAUGAAAUAUGUAAAGUACAAGAAUUGAAGAAUACACAACGACAAAAAAAGAAGAGAAAACUACAAAAUCAAAGAGCAAUAAUAUGUGCAUUUUGAAGCAUGCCGAUUCAGGCUCCCUCAUGGACAGAUUUUCUAAACUGUCCCAUUUGCUGUAAGGAGUUUGCGGCCAGUCAGCGGUCGCCAAUUAGCUUGGGAUGCGGUCACACCGUGUGCAAGCUAUGCCUGACCUCGCUGUACAAUCGGCAAUGUCCCUUCGAUCAGACCUAUAUUGUCACCGACAUCGACAAUUUGCCAAUCAACAAUGCAUUGCUCCAGCUGGUGGCCAAGGGUGGAUUGGCCACCAAAGAGUCAUACUCUUUGGACUUGGAUCAAUCUCCACCACCUCCACCGAGUGUACAGAAAUUAGAUGCGGAACAACUGAAAUGCUACAAAUUGGGUAAAAAAUGCAUUGAGGAUUUGGCAUUGCAUUUGAAGUCGUUCCUCAAUCUGAAUGUAAACAAUCUGCUAACUAGACCCAUGCAGAGGAAAUUGGUCACUCUGGUCAAUUGUCAGCUGAUGGAGGAUGAGGGACGCGUGCGAGCAUUGAGAGCAGCUCGUUCUCUGGGAGAACGCACAGUAACGGAACUGAUACUACAGCACCAGAAUCCGCAGCAAUUGAGUUCAAAUCUCUGGGCAGCGGUGCGAACGCGCGGAUGUCAGUUCCUGGGCCCGGCCAUGCAGGAAGAGGUCUUAAAACUGGUUCUCCUAGCUUUGGAAGAGGGUUCGGCUCUAUCUCGCAAAGUUUUGGUCAUGUUUGUGGUGCAGCGUCUGGAGCCGCAUUUUCCGCAGGCCUCGAAAACCAGCAUUGGCCAUGUGGUGCAGUUGCUUUAUCGCGCCAGCUGCUUUAAAGUAUCCAAACGGGAAGCGGACUCUUCCUUAAUGCAAUUGAAAGAGGAAUUUCGUUCCUAUGAUGCCCUGCGUCGAGAGCACGAUGCCCAGAUUGUUCAGAUAGCCACCGAGGCUGGUCUACGGAUUGCCCCAGAACAAUGGUCUUCCCUUUUGUACGGUGAUAUUAAUCAUAAAAGUCACAUGCAGAGCAUUAUUGACAAACUACAGACGCCCUCAUCCUUUUCGCAAUCAGUCCAGGAACUGGUUAUUGCUCUGCAGCGCACUAGCGAUCCAGCCAAGCUGGCGAAUCUUCAUCAGCAUUUGCUUAACUUGGCAAACAUUGAUCCCUUAGUUGAAGUGGCCGGAUGGGAGGAUGUGGCUCAGGCCUUGGAUGCUGUGCGUCAGGCGGUAAUGGGUUUGGUUAACUUCCUCCAACAUCAUGGCAUAAGGAAACCUCAGGAAGGAUCCAAUGGUGGAGGAGGAGUUGCUAAUAUAAGUAAUCCCAAAUAUAAAAUUAGUUUGUGCCGAGAUUUGAACGUGCGACGUGUGUGUCCACGUGGAGCUAGCUGCACUUUUGCCCAUUCCCAGGAGGAAGUGGAGCGUUAUAGGGCUCGGCAUAGGGGUAAAUCCUUGAAAGCAUUGCCACCUGGCCCUCUGCCACCAAUAGCUAUGAACAAGAAAUCACCAUUGGGACACGAAGGCGCGGAUGGUCCAAAUCCAUCUGGCCUCGGUAUGAACUUGUCGCCAAUGCAUUACAUGCCAUCACCUAGAGGCUAUCCACCAAUGGAUGGACCAUUGGCAUCGCCAGCAGCACAACCACCCAUGAUGCCACUUGGACAUACAUUAGGGCGUCAACUUAAUGGUGGCAUAAUGCUACCCAGAGGCAAUUAUGAAUCACGUUUUCCUCCAGCGUAUGGACCACCAACCACUAGGAAUCCUCCACCCCUGAGGGAAUAUCCAAAUCCCCAAAACCGAACCAACCCACCGAAUUACAAUAUGCCUCCGCCUCCUCCGCCGUUGCCAACGGAUCUAUAUCAUCACUCUACGCCUGCUAACUACUACAACAACAACAAUAACAAUCAUAAGGAGCUAGCAGGAUUACAUCCCUGGAAUCAUGAAGCCUAUCAGCAGCAGCCGUCCACAAAGACUUCAUCGAAUCCUAGCCGCACAUUGUCCAUUGAUACCUCAUUUUAUGAAAAGAAACCACCGUCACAUUUAGAUGAUACCGGGGCCGAUAUUGGUGAUGUCUUGCCGCUUCCACCUCCAAAUCUUUAUACCACCUCGAGGCAACAUAACAACAACAACAUCAACACCAAUAACAAUAGCCACAAUAACAGCAACCACAACAACAAUACUUCAUCUCUAUUAUUCUGGAAUAAUCCAAAUAAAGAAACCGCCAAUUUUGUACGCUCCGAUUCCAUAUUGGAUGAUGAUGCCACCACAUUUGAUGUGCCCACUGGUUCCUCUUCCAUACAUAGCCUGUACGGACCCAUUUGUCCCAAAAGCUCAACAGUCAACAGCAACACCACAAAUACCAACUGGAACAAUUGGUUACUACUAGAUCAGCAGGAUCAGCACCAGCACCAGCAUCAGCACCAUCAACAAAUCAAGAGCAACCUCAAAACUAACGAUCUAGGCUAUAACUUCCAAGUAGAUGGCAAUGAGAAUAUCAAUGCAAUUAAGAACUCAGGGCCCGGUGAUAAUAUGUUUAUGUGGGACAACGAUGUGAAUGUGAAUGCCAGCAACUCAUCAUCCUCGUCAGCAACAAUAGCCUGGAGCAAUUGCGAUACCAUGUCCAACCACAACGAAAGACUGAAGCAGCAGCAGCAAUUAUUGGUUCGUAAGCCUCAGCUGAUGUCGGAGGAUAGCUUCGAAGGGGGCAUCGAUAGCUGUAUGAUGCGGCAGCUGGAAAAGAAUCUGGUUGAUAUUGUCGAUCCAGAUGAUAGCGGCAUCAAGGUGGACUAGAAUGCAUUAUAGUUACUCAUCCAUCGAACUCAGCCAGAGGAUAUAUAGACGGGCUCAUGCAUAUAUAUAUAUUAAAUAUAUAUAUAUAGUAUAUACAUGGGAGAGACAGAAAGAGAAAGGCAAAACAAAAAAAUGUCGAACGCAAUCAGUUCAAAGUUUGUAGAAUUUGAACCAAACAGACAAAAAGAGAAAGAAGCAAACGCAAAUAAAAAGAAGAAUGUAGUUAUUGCUGUUCCGUUAUUGGAUCAGUGCCAAAAACAAAAAAAAAACAAAAAAACAGAAACAAGAAAC